GUAGGCAGGCGCUGACGUCGGCGGGAGGCGCGCUGCCCGCACUGCGGCACCCGGCGGGCGCUCAGAGCUUGGGGAAGCGGGCGGCUGGGCUGGCUGGUGGCCACCUCACUCCCAGCCCGCCCCGCACGGUCCGGGCGGUGGCUCCCUAGGGACCCGCUGUCGGCAGUUCUGCGCCCUUUUCUGUGGUGUCAUCUUGGUGCUGAAUCUUGAACCUGUGAAAUGCCUUCUUAAUUACGUCUGAGAAAAGGUACACAAUGAUACACACCGAGGUAUUGAUCUGAGAAGAUGGAAUGAAUAUUUGUGCUAAACCUUCUGUUGUAGCAGUAUUUUCAGUGGCAGGCACAGAAAUAUUUAAAUUCAUUAUCUGUGAAUGUGCCACCCAGAAGUAUACUUUACUAGUGCAAUAAUGUAUGCACUUGGGAAAAUCAAUCCUGAUAUGGAGUUUGGUUUCUCAGAAGUACAUUGAAAUGUCCAUUUAUUUACUUAAAAUACUUUAGUGUUAGUCGCUCAGUCAUGUCCGACUCUGCGACCUCAUGGACUGUAACCUACCACGCUCCUCUGUCCAUGGAAUUCUCCAGGAUCCUGACUGAAUCAAUGCUUUAUACUAUCAUUCAGUGCUCUCCGUAAAGCUGAGAUAUGCCCACUGUUGAGAGUGAAGCUAAAGUGAAGACCAAAGUUCGCUUUGAGGAAUUGCUUAAGGCCCACAAUGAUCUAAUACGUGAAAGAAAAAAACCGAAGAAAAAAAUUGCCCAAUCUGGAGAAAAAAUCUCACUUGAUGCUGUUACAAGCAAUCUUCAGAAAAUCAGGGAAACUAAAAGUGAUGAUAUAACUACUGCUAAUGCUAAGAACCCAGAGAAGAACAUACGAGUAAUUAAAAACAAACCAAGGGAUCCGCAGUCAGCAACUGAAGAUCCAGAAAAUGAUGUUAGUGUGGAGGACGACAAGCAAGAAAAGGCAAAUAAAAAGGUUAUGAAAACAGCGCUCCAGGUGACUGCACAAGAGAUGGAGCCAGAAGCUCCUGAGAAGGGAGAUGCAACACCUCAGAAAACACGGACUAAGCCAAAGCCCCGUGUGACUCAUGACAAAAGUGAAAAGGCCAAGGAGGAAGGAGAAAAGAAUAGUUUAGAUGAGGAGCAACUGAUGCAAGUAUACCAGCUCCAAGUAGCUGAAGAAAUGGCAAAGGAGAUUAAGAAGAAAAUCCGAAAGAAACUCAAGGAGCAGUUGUCUUCCUUUCCCUUAGAUUCUUCAUUGCAUGAUGACAAAUUGAGUGGUGAAAAAAGAAAAAAGAAAAAAAAGAAAGUUCCCAUCUUGUCUAAAUCUGAAACAAGUACAUCGAUCAUCUCUGAUGACCCAGUUGAAGGUGAACAAAAGAAAGAAUCUCCAGUUGGAGCAGUUACUUCAGAUACUCAUCAAGAUGAUGAAGUGAGCUCAAAGGAACAAAAUGUAGAAGACAACAUGCAAGAUGACUCAAAAUCCAAACUGAAAAAAAAGAAAAAGAAGGCUAAAACAGAUGAUAAUGAAGAUACUGAUGGUGAUGGUGUUCAUGAAAUAACAAGCCGUGAUAGUCCAGUUUAUCCCAAAUGUUUGCUUGAUGAUGACCUUGUCCUGGGAGUUUACAUUCACCGAACUGAUCGACUUAAGUCAGAUUUUAUGAUUUCUCACCCAAUGGUCAAAAUUCAUGUGGUUGAUGAGAAUACUGGUCAAUAUGUCAAGAAAGAUGAUAGUGAACGGCCUGUUUCAUCUUACUAUGAAAAAGAGAAUGUGGAUUAUAUUCUUCCUAUUAUGACCCAGCCGUAUGAUUUUAAACAGUUAAAAUCAAGGCUUCCAGAGUGGGAAGAACAAAUUAUAUUUAAUGAAAACUUUCCCUAUUUGCUUCGAGAUUUUGAGGAGAGCCCCAAAGUCAUCCUUUUUUUUGAGAUUCUUGAUUUCUUAAGCAUGGAAGAAAUUAAGAAUAACUCUGAAAUUCGAAACCAAGAAUGUGGCUUCCGGAAAAUCGCCUGGGCAUUUCUCAAGCUUCUAGGAGCCAAUGGAAAUGUAAACAUCAAUUCAAAACUUCGCUUGCAACUGUAUUACCCACCUACUAAGCCUCGAUCCCAGUCAAACGUCGUUGAGGUUUUUGAGUGGUGGUCAAAAUGUCCAAGAAAUCAUUAUCCAUCAACGCUGUAUGUAACUGUAAGAGGAUUGAAAGUUCCAGAAUGUGUAAAGCCAUCUUACCGUUCUAUGAUGGCUCUUCAGGAAGAAAAGGGUAAACCAGUGUUCUGUGAGCGACACCAUGAGCCAAGUUCAGUGGACACGGAGCCUGGAUUAGAAGAUUCAAAGGAAGUGGUGAAGUGGAGACGGUUGCCUGGGCAGGCCUGCCGUAUCCCAAACAAGCACCUCUUCUCACUAAAUGCAGGAGAGCGAGGAUGCUUUUGUCUUGCUUUCUCCCACAAUGGAAGAAUAUUAGCAGCAGCCUGUGCCAGCCGGGAUGGAUAUCCAAUUAUUUUAUAUGAAAUUCCUUCUGGACGUUUCAUGAGAGAAUUGUGUGGCCACCUCAACAUCAUUUAUGAUCUCUGCUGGUCAAAAGACAAUCGUUACAUUCUCACUGCAUCAUCUGAUGGCACUGCCAGGAUAUGGAAAAAUGAAAUAAACAAUACAAAUACUUUCAGAGUUUUACCUCAUCCUUCUUUUGUUUACACGGCUAAAUUCCACCCAGCUGUAAGAGAGCUGGUGGUGACAGGAUGCUAUGAUUCUGUGAUACGUAUAUGGGAAGUUGAUAUGAGACAGGAUCCUGCCGUAUUGAUCCGACAGUUUGACACUCACAGGAGUUUCAUCAACUCUCUCUGUUUUGAUACUGAAGGUCAUCACAUGUAUUCAGGAGACUGCACAGGGGUGAUUAUUGUUUGGAACACGUAUGUCAAAGUCAACGAUGUACAACACUCAGUGCGUCACUGGAGCAUAAACAAGGAAAUUAAAGAGAGUGAGUUUAAGGGAAUCCCGAUAAGUUACUUGGAGGUUCAUCCCAAUGGAAAACGUUUAUUAAUUCAUACCAAAGACAGUACUUUGAGAAUUAUGGAUCUCCGAAUAUUAGCAGCAAGGAAAUUUGUAGGUGCAGCAAAUUAUCGAGAGAAGAUUCAUAGCACUUUGACACCAUGUGGGACUUUUCUCUUUGCUGGAAGUGAGGAUGGUAUAGUAUAUGUUUGGAACCCAGAAAGAGGAGAGCAAGUAGCAAUGUAUUCUGACCUGCCAUUCAAGUCACCAGUUCGAGACAUUGCUUAUCAUCCACUUGAAAAUAUGGUUGCAUUUUGUGCAUUUGGGCAGAAUGAGCCAAUUCUCCUAUAUAUUUAUGAUUUCCAUGUUGCCCAGCAGGAGGCUGAAAUGUUCAGACGCUACAACAGAACCUUUCCAUUACCUGGAAUACACCAAAGUCAAGGUGCUUUAUGCACCUGCCCUAAACUGCCUCAUCAAGGAUCCUUUCAGAUUGAUGACUAUGUCCCCACUGAACAUUCUUCAAUGAAGAUGCAACAAGUGAAACAGAGAAUUGAUUCUGUCACAGAGGUGAUACAAGCCUGUGCAGCAAAGGUCAACAAAAAUCUCUCAUUCACUUCGACAUCAGCCUCCUCACAGCAGUCUAAGUCAAAACAAUCAAACAUGCUGGACGCUCAUCAGAUUCUGCGUCAGUUUGGUUUCACUCAAACCGGGAUUAUGAGCAUAGAAAGAAAGCCUUGUAACCACCAUGUAGAUACAGCACCAAAGGUAGUGGCUCUUUAUGACUACACAGCGAAUCGAUCAGAUGAACUAACCAUCCAUCGCGGAGACAUUAUCCGAGUGUUUUUCAAAGAUAAUGAAGACUGGUGGUAUGGCAGCAUAGGAAAGGGACAGGAAGGUUAUUUUCCAGCUAAUCAUGUGGCUAGUGAAACACUCUACCGAGAAUUGCCUCCAGAGGUAAAGGAGCGAUCCCCUCCUAUAACCCCUAAGGAGAAAGCCAAAAUGGAAAAAGCUUUUCCAGCUCCACAGAAGCAGUCAUUCAAGUCCCAGGAUUUCAGACUGAGCUCAGAGUCUAUGGCACAUUCUGAAGGCUGGGAUUUCAAGAUCAAGGUUCCAACAGGGCUGAGUGCUGUUCUGAGUGGGGCAGAGAACAGAGCCAGGAGAACCGAGGACAUGUCAUGGACACACAGGGGAAGAAGAUGGAGCAAACCAGCCGGAAAGUCACCCUCAUCGAGUAAAGAGUUGAAGAAUGAAGAGGGAAAGAACCAAAUAUACAGAAAGGAAAUGACAAAUUAAACCAAAUGGAAUUUCUCUUCAGAGUUCAGAAAUUUCAGAUGGCCAGGAAGAAAGGAUCUACUAUGUUCUAUCCUUAUGAAAGAAUCUAGAAAAAUCAGAAGCAAGGUAUGGGUGGAAAAUAAAUGUGGCCCUUUGAGCUUGUUAUAAACCAUCGGGUUUGUUGUUGAUCAAAAUAAUGGCACUUGUGCUUAUUAGUAAUUGCAUCAAAAUUACAUUACCACUGUUGGAAAAUCAAUAAAGAAAAAUUAUAAUUGCUACUCAGCAAGUACAAAGAAAAAGUGUUGGUAUUGCUAGAAUGUCUGUUAAGUAAUCGUUUAAUAUUAUUAUAUCUGUAGUGUGGUUAUAUGUGUGAUGUUAUGCUCAGAAUUGAAAUAUAUGCUGUUGAAACUUAACUUUAUUUAAAAUAAAGAUAAGCAGCUUCAGGAUUUUGUGUAUUCAAAAUGUUCCAAAUAAGAAAGGCAUUAAAAGGUAACAAAUGUGUUUGUUUUGAUGAAUCGUAUGUAUAACUUGAUACACGUAAACUAAAAGUGACUUUCGGCAAGCCUGGCAACAGUUUUCCAAAUAUUUUUUUUACUUUUAAAAAAAAGGCAUUUCAUGUUGAAGCAUGUAAGUGAUUUGUAGACUUAAAUUGUUUUAAUAUUUAUUUUAGUCUUAACACUUGUUUUUAAAUUUUUACAUUGGAUUAUUUAUUCCUUUAGUUCCAGAGUAACAGUGUCAUAUUUGACUAUGUAUUUUGAAGUGUGAGGUUAUAAAAUAGGAAAUUUCAUCCCUUUGUGUUUUACUUGGCUCUUCUUUUUCAACUGUGUGACUGUAAGUCUGUCAAUAAAUAUUUAACCUCAAGAAGGUCAAGACUAAUAUAAAAUUAGAAAACUUAUUUACCAAAUUAGACAACUGAUUCCA